UUUAAAACGCUGCCAUGGCCAAUGACGAAGAUGACGCUGCCGGGCAGCCACCGGCGAAGAUAGACCACAACUCGCCCUAUUUUUUGGGGCCGCAAGAUCGUCCAGGCGAUUCCAUUACCCCGGUGCGGCUGAAUGGAGAUAACUAUGACAAUUGGGCGAAUGCGAUUCGAUUGGCGUUGCGUGCUAGACGGAAAUAUGUGUUCGUUGAUGGCACCAUCACCAAACCCAAACCGCCAUGUACGGAGGAUGAUUGGAUUACGAUUCACUCUAUGUUGGUGUCCUGGAUCCUCAACACCAUCUCUCCGGAUGUGAAGAAUACUCUGUCUAUGUAUGAUAAUGCGCAAGCUCUGUGGGAUGAUCUCCGAGAACGUUUUUCAGUCGUAGACGGCCCGAAAUUACACCAAGUCAAAACUGAUUUGGCAAGGUGUACACAGGCCAAAGGGAUGUCAAUUGGUAUGUAUUAUGCCAAAUUGAAAAUUCUGUGGGAUGAAUUAAACAAUCAUGAACCAAUAAUUGAAUGUCAAUGUGGCCGUUGCACUUGUAACGUGGGAAAGCAACAUGAAAAACGCAGGGCAGAUGAACGUUUUCAUCAGUUUCUUAUGGGACUAAAUGCUGAAAGUUUUGGUCCUAUUCGGUCACAGCUUCUCACGCAGGUUCCACUUCCGACUCUGAAUCGCGCAUAUCAAAACACCGUGCAGGAAGAACGCGUGAGGGGCAUGACUGCUGGUUCGGAAACACCGGAUAUUCUCGGUUUUGCUGUCAAAACUGAUGGCCGUGCAUACGGACGCGGAACUAAAAUUGACAAGACCGGCUUAGUUUGCUCUUACUGCAAAUACACCGGCCAUGAUGUGAAUAGCUGCUUCGAGUUAAAGGGGUAUCCCGAUUGGUGGGGGGAUAGACCCAGGGCCGACACUAAAACUGCAGGUCGCGGCAAGGGAAUACCGAAGGGGACUGGACGAGACAAAUCGAUGGCUAAAGCUCACGCAGCAGUGGCAGACACCAUUCUGCCACAGGAACCAGCCGCAUGUGAUAAAACAGCAGGUACACCAUUGCCUGGGUUCUCCCCAGAGCAAUGGCAGGCUUUGAUAACGGCCUUUGGUAACCCACAAUCAUCGUCUGGUCGCAUGGCAGGUAAUUUUUCCACCGGCACUUGGAUCAUAGACACCGGCGCUACAAAUCACAUUUGUGGUGAUUUAAAUCUUCUAUUUAAAACUCAGAACAUAACUCCGUGUUCGGUUGGAUUGCCCGAUGGAAAAACGGUUCAAGCUACUAAAGAAGGAUGUGUUAAAUUUUCUAAUGGAUUAUGUUUGCAACAUGUCCUAUUUGUUCCUCAAAUGAAGUGUCAUCUUAUUUCGGUGACUCAAUUAAAUGAUGCGCUUAAUUGUUUUGUUCAAUUUUCCUCUGACUUGUGUGUUAUACAGGACCGAGUAUCGAGGAAGCUGAUUGGAACGGGUGAGAGGAGAAAUGGGUUGUACUAUCUUCAAGAUUCACCUACUGCCCGCAUUUUGACAGUUGCAAGUAGCGAAAAUUCUAUCUUUGAUUUAUGGCACAAACGGUUGGGACAUCCAUCUGGCAAUGUGAUGCGUUGGUUAGCACCAGUGAGUAAUUUAAGGGGUUCUUUUAAUUCCGCAUGCGACAUUUGUUUUAGGGCCAAGCAGCACCGGGCUUCGUUUCCCAUUAGUAGUAAUAAAACUCAUGAUAUUUUUGAGUUAGUCCAUUGUGAUUUGUGGGGUCCCUAUCAUACUCCAUCUUCUUGUGGUGCAAAAUUUUUUUUGACUAUUGUUGAUGAUUGUUCUCGUGCUGUAUGGAUAUAUUUGUUGAUGGACAAAACUGAAGUAUUUAAAAUGUUUAUGAUUUUUCUUGCUAUGGUGGAGAGACAAUUUUCUAAACAGGUACGCGUUGUGCGUAGUGACAAUGGAACAGAGUUUAAUUGUUUGAAAAAAAAAUUCCACACUAGUGGGAUUAUCUUUCAAACCUCCUGCGUUGGGACACCGCAACAGAAUGGGCGGGUCGAACGCAAGCAUCAACACAUUCUCAAUGUGGCGAGGGCUUUACGGUUUCAGGCUAAUUUGCCUAUUUCUUUUUAGGGUGAGUGUGUCCUCACUGCCGCCUAUUUGAUUAACCGCACACCGUUGUCUGUACUUCAUUUUAAAACGCCUUAUGAUAUUCUUUUUGGUCAACCACCUUGCUAUGACCAGUUGCGCACCUUUGGAUGUCUUUGCUAUGCCUAUAAUUUGAAAUCUAAAACUGAUAAAUUCGGUAGUCGCAGCCGCAAGUGUGUUUUUGUUGGGUAUGUUUUUGGCAAAAAGGGAUGGCAUGUUUUUGACUUGGAUACACAUGAAUACUUUGUAUCCCGUGAUGUUAAAUUUCUUGAAGACCAAUUUUCUUUUGCGGAUUCGCCACCCCCUUUGGCCUCGGAUUCAGACGAACUUAGUGCCUCUCCUCCGAUUUUGCCAGCAACGUAUGAUGAUGUAUUAGAUGUGGCCUCCCCAGCCACGAAUGUUCCUCCCGUGGACACGAUCCCGGUUGAUGUUCCUCCUGUUACUACCUCGGUUGAUGUACCACCGGAUAUGUUGUCUCAUGUGGAAGAAAAUAUCCCUUUGGGUCGCGGUUUGCGUGCUAAGCAGUCUUCGGUCCGUCUGAAGGACUAUGUUACUCAUACAGUUAUUCGACAGAAUCCCAUUUCUCCCUCUCCGACUCCAUCAGCUUCCGCAGGUACACCGUUUCCUAUUACACAUUAUGUUAGUUGUGAUAAUUUUUCUGCGCCACAUCGUAUAUUUCUUGCAGCUGUCUCCUCACACACAGAGCCUCAAUCUUUUCGUGAGGCGGUUAAGCAUCCCGAAUGGCGUGAAGCCAUGCAGGCAGAAAUUCAAGCUCUUGAAAAAAAUUCUACAUGGACCCUCACUCCUCUCCCUUCCGGAAAGCGGGCUUUAGGAUGUAGGUGGGUCUACAAAAUUAAAUAUCAUGCCGAUGGACGUGUGGAGCGUCAUAAGGCCCGAUUGGUUAUCUUUGGCAACCGCCAGGUUGCCGGGCUGGAUUAUACUGAAACUUUUGCUCCAGUUGCUAAAAUGGUGACUGUGCGUGCAUUCUUAGCUGUUGCUGCUUCUAAAAACUGGGAAUUACAUCAGUUGGAUGUUCACAAUGCCUUUCUUCAUGGGGAUCUUCAUGAAGAGGUGUACAUGACUUUACCUCCAGGCUAUUCUACUCCUGAUCCUACCUUGGUCUGUCGUCUUAAAAAAUCUUUGUAUGGCCUUAAGCAGGCACCCAGGUGUUGGUUUGCCAAACUUGUUAGUGCUUUACAACGUUAUGGUUUCACUCAGUCUUUUGCAGAUUAUUCUCUUUUUACACGUGCUACUGACUCUGUUCAGUUGAACGUCUUGGUGUAUGUGGACGACCUUAUUAUUUCUGGCAAUGAUUCAGUGGCCAUUAAUUCUUUUAAAUCUUAUCUC